GUGAGAGGUGUAAGAGCCCCUUCACACCCCAACAUUGAUAGCAACAUCAGUGACGCCAUCAAUGUUCACUACACUGCUGUGAUGACUUCUGGUUCCACCUGCCUCUAGAAUUGAUCCUGUUGUCUUCACUGGUAGUGUGAAAUAAUCAUGGCAGACCAGGCUAUCUACUUUCGAUGGAAUGACCAUCAUCCUACAGUUUUGCGCAUGUUGCCCAGCUUCAGACGUAUGAAACAGUACUGUGAUGCUACAAUAAUGUGUGAAGGUCGUUUCUUCCCAGUUCAUAGAAUUGUCUUGGGAAUGUGUAGUAGUUAUUUUGAAAAGAUUUUUGAUUACCUUGAUUGCAAGAAUCCAGUGAUUGUUUUGGCAGAUAUUAAAUCAGUUUAUUUAGAAGUUCUGCUGUCAUAUAUGUAUAGUGGAGAAGCAAACAUCUUGCAAAAACUUCUCCCUGGUGUUUUACACACUGCUUCAGUUCUUAAAGUGAAAGGCCUCUCAGAGAACAUAGAUGAUCAUACACAGGUAGACAUAGAUAGAGGGGUGAUAAUGCCCAAACCUUCUGACAUACAGUGUAAUCGGAAAUUGACUAUGAAAAAUACAAACUUUGUAAGUUUACAGCAAGAAAAAGAGUGCAGUAGCCGAUCAGCAGAUUGUGACAGCCAGCACACAGCAAGCAAUCAGAUAAGACAAACAGAAUUAUCUAGGCAAGCUUUAUCAAGUUCGCCUGCAAUUAAUGAAAAUACUGGAGACAACUUAGCAUAUUCAUCUGCUCUCAGCAUUGUUCCAGACUCUGAAAUAAACUUAGUAGGGUCUAAUUCAGUUUCUCAAAAACUGGGAGAAUUGCCUUUAAAUUCUAUUCCUGAGAGUAACAACUGUCAUGAGGCCUUGGUGCUGUGGAGAGAUAAUAGGAGUUUGUUAACCCGAAAUAGCACAAAUGAGAGGCAAACUUCUUCCACUAAUUCUCCUAUGAAUCCUUCAUAUAAGAGUAUUAUGGAAGAGAUAGAUUUGAAAAACGACAUCACCGAAUUCUUUCCAGAAAUAUGCAGCGUGAAGGGAGUUGGGAAUGAUGACAACAUUGAUGAGUGUUUACACAGUACAAACACUGGUAGUUCCAGUGAAGCUAACAUAUUAGGAAUACGUACCUCUAGGGUCUCAAACAGUAUACCAGUGAAUGCUACUGAAGAAAGUAGGGCCCCUCAAGACACUUCACCAAGACGUGUAUGUCAAACAGAGAUGGUCAGUGCCAUUCAUAAUCUGAAUGCAUCAGGCACAUCCAGUAUUAAUGAACAUGAAAAUAAUGAUGCAAAUGUUGCCAGAAACAGUAUGGUAUUGUUUAAUGGUGAAAUUACUGAAGAGGACUCAAACAGUUCAGGGUACCCUGAGGAAUUUUAUGGUUUUCCCUCUAGAGCAACGAAUAUGGAACUGGAUGAGACAACUUGUAGCAAUCAAGAACUUGAAAACAAGCUUCAGUCUUGUUCUGGAAUUACAAGUAAUAAUGGAAAUAAGAGCGUAAGUGAUUUACGAGGAUGCUGCAGUGGUGUGUCUUCAGAAAGCUUAGAGUUAAAUGCUAAAAUACUGAAUCCAAAUAGAAAUUGCAAUUCAGAUACAAAGGAUCUGACCACAUCUUCAGGUGCUACUCACACUUCAGAAACUUUACCAGUUAGAAAAAGAGGACGACCAAAGAAGGUAAAGCGGCAAUAUCGUCCUAAAAUAAAAACAGUUCUUUCAAACUCAACCUCUCAACAUACAGGGGUUUGUGACUCGCAAGGUGAAAGACGUGUUGGUCUACAAAAAAUGUGUGAUCAACGGCAACAAAAAGAAGAUAUUCGGAGAAAAGCAUUUCCUAGGUCCAGUACCUUUUACAAAAAGAUUGUGGAAAAAGCAGAUAAGACUCCAGAACUUUGUGAGAAUGUUAGAUUUGAUUCUCAUCAGUCAUUCCAGGAGCCCAUCAAGUACACCUUGCCAGGAGAAGGUGCCUUAAUGCUACUGAAGGGCUCUUGAUGCAAGGAAUUGGAACCAUCCUCCCAUUUCCAUCAGACCUAAUUACUGUACCUUCCAUUAUUCAGGUGCUAUAUUGCCUCUACAGGUUUAGCACUUCCCAAUAAAUGCAUACUAUUUACACACCUGUUAAACUUUGCCACUGUGUAGCCACUAAAUCAACAAGAUGAUCCUGGUUGACUGAAUACAUUGAGCUAACUAGUAUAAAAUCAACAUGAUUGGGCAGGGUAAUUUUUCUUUCUUUUGCUUGGUUAAGAAAAAUAACCCCUCAAGGGAAAGAUUUCUUGAUGCUGGUGAUUAUUAAUUACAUUCACAGGGAAGUGUUAAACCCACAGGGGUCAUAUAAUGCCUGAGGGAAUGGGAGGCACUCGGGUACUAUCCAAGGAAGAUAGGCAGGUCCAAUUCCUUGGAUCAAGAGUCCUGCAUCAAGGAACCUACCUUGAGGAGAGUUGUUGCUGGCAACUCUUGAUCCAAGGAAUUAGAUUUUUUCCUUUCUGUGGAUCAAACUUGAAGGCAUCCUAUUUCUCAGAGAAUGACCCAGGCCUUUGUCACAUUUUUUCACUACAGUAUAUUUAAAACGCUGCUACUCUUGCAGAGUUGAGUUUAGGACUACCAUAUGAAUAAUAUGUCAUAGGUCAUCACUGUACCAUUACAAUAUGGCUUACACAGGACACAUUGCAGAGUAAGGGUGAAAUCAUUCUGUAUUGUAUUUGUAAAAAAAAAAAAAAAAAAAAAAUUGUGCAAAUAGUGAUUUAAGGUACAAUAUU